CCCACAUUCACUACCAACCCGUUUAUCCUCCAAGAUGCGUGGCUACGUUGUCAGAGAGCUUGCACACCCCUCCAAGAUCCCCCUGUCCCACGACCUUCCUGAGCCCACAGCGUCUGGAAAACAGGUCGUUGUCGACAUUUACUCAGCAGGUCUCAACUUCUUUGACAUUCUCCAAGCACAAGGAAAAUAUCAACACAAGCCACCUCUUCCCUUCACCUACGGCACCGAAUUUGCUGGUCGAAUUGCACACAACUCCCCUAUUCCCGCUGGAUGCCCCUACAAGGCUGGAGACCGGGUGUUUGGGGCUCAGACCGGAGCAUUUGCGGACAAGGUUGCUGUGGAUUGGGACAAAUUGAUCCCUCUUCCUGACAAUAUCUCGUUCGACCAAGGCGCCGGUUUGUAUGUCACCUGGCCAACGAGCUACGAGGCUUUGGUGGGACGUGCAGAGCUGAAGCCUGGCGAAUGGGUACUCGUGACGGCCGCUGCUGGAGGCGUUGGCAUCGCGGCGGUUCAGCUCGCUAAAGCCCUUGGCGCCAAAGUCAUCGCUGCCGCCGGCUCAGAAGCGAAGAUUGAAGUGGCAAAGAAGUUUGGCGGUGCAGACUAUGGUAUCAACUACACCAAACCCGGAUGGCAGAAGGAGAUCCUCGCCUUGACCAAGGGGCACGGUGUCGACGUCAUUUAUGACCCCGUGGGUUUGAUCAAUGACUGCCUCAAGUGCAUCGCAUGGAAGGGUCGCGCUUUGGUUAUUGGAUUCGCUGGUGGAACUAUUGAAAAGGUUCCCAUGAACCUCGUUCUCCUCAAGAACGUCUCCAUCGUUGGUCUCCACUGGGGUGCUUAUACCCAGAAAGAGCCUUCGAGAAUCCCUGUCGUCUGGAAGGAUAUUCUCAAUCUCUUCGCCUCUGGUCGCACGAAACCCGUCGUCUACACCGAAGUUUGGCCUCUCGAAAAACUCGUUGACGGUCUCGUUGCUUUGGAACGCCGUGAAACAUGGGGCAAGGUGGUCAUCAAAGUACGGGAAGACGAUACACCCAAAACCAGGCUAUAG